AUGUUUUGCACUCCCACCGCAGCGCCGUGGACUUGGGCCAUCCCGUCGCGCCGCGCGCCCUCGCGUCUUCUCCCCCAGUGCAUCGCCCACAGGGGCUAUCGCGCCGCCUUUCCGGAGAACUCCAUGGACGCCUUCGAGGGGGCGGUGCAGGUCGGCGCGCACGCGCUCGAGACGGACGUGCGCCUAUCCGCCGACGGUGUUGCCGUGCUUUCCCACGUGAGCGCUGCCCUCCCCUUGGCCAGCACCACCGAUGCCUCUCUGCAGCGUUGCUUCGGCAUCGAUAAAGCCGUUGGCGACUGCGACUGGGAGUACCUUUCAACGCUCCAGACGUUGCGCGCGCCGCGCCAGGGCCUGCCGCGUCUCUGCGACCUGUUGCGCUGGCUUGCCGCGCCUUCGCGCGUCGCAAAGACUGGCGAGGACGGCGAGGACGGCGAGGACCGUCGGCGUCACGUCUGGGUUCUUCUGGAUAUCAAGGCAUGUCAGACCCUCGACGAUGACCCCAGAGCCCUCAUGGACGCCAUCGCCACGGCCCUGUCCCAAGUGCGACCCGGCGCCAUCCCAUGGGAGGAACGAAUUAUGCUUGGCUGUUGGAACGCCGCGAGCAUCCAGUCGGCCGCCCAGUGCCUGCCCGGCCUGCGGCGCGCCCACAUCGGCUUCUCGCUGUCGUACGCUCGCCACUUUCUUGCCGUCCCCGAUCUCGCCUUCAACAUGGCGCAGCACACGCUGCUGGCCCCCUACCGCGGGCGUCGCUUCAUGCGCGACCUCCUCGCCGCCCGCCGCGCCCUCUUCGUCUGGACCGUCAACUCCGAGCGCGGCAUGGAGUGGUGCCUGCGCCAGAAUGCCGCCCCCCACCGUCGUCCGGGGGCGGCCAUGAUGAAGCCCGGCUCGAGCUGCGGCACAGGUCAGGAGGAGUGCUCGGACGACAGCAAGAAGGACGGCCUCCUGGUCGACGGCGUCAUCACCGACGACCCAAAGCUCUUCCUCGACGUCUGCGAGCGCUAUGAGGAUCAGCUCGACGGCAAGGCAAAGCCGAGGCCCAUCACCGCCGGCGAGACCGUCGGCCUCGUGCUCCAUAUCCUUCUGAGGCAUCUGCUCGGCAAGUUGGUAUUUGCCUACAGGCGUUUUUGGCUGCAAAAGUUGGAUUACUUGCCAGAGGGUGACGGCUGA